GACUUACAUCGAGAUGGAGAAGAGAUUCAAGGUGUGGAUAUACAAGGAAGGAGAACCGCCCAUCGUCCACGACGGGCCGGGCGCAAGCAUCUACGCCAUCGAAGGCCACUUCAUGAGCGAGAUGGAGGGCAAGACGAGCCCCUUUGUAGCGCGUCAUCCUGCAGAAGCACACGCCUUCUUCCUCCCCUUCAGUGUAGUCAACAUCGUGCAUUUCUUCUACAGACCCAAAGCCAACGGUUACUGGGAACACAUGAAACGACUGAUAGCGGAUUACAUAGACGUCAUUGCAGACAAGCAUCCGUACUGGAAGCGAAGCCUCGGUGCAGACCAUUUCAUGGUGUCUUGUCAUGGCUGGGCUCCGCCCCUAUCGCAUGCGAACCCUGAGCUCUAUCAGAACUCCAUCCGCGUGAUCUGCAACGCCAACACGUCCGAGGGAUUCAAGCUUGGAAAGGACGUGACGCUGCCGGAAGUGCAUCUCUCGGACGGACUGCUCUCGCAGCCACCUCGAGACCAGCUCCACACUGAAAGGACGACUCUCGCGUUCUUCGCCGGUGGCUCGCAUGGCUACAUCAGGCAGAUGCUACUCCACCAUUGGAAAGGGAAAGACACGGAGGUGGUGGUCCACGAGUAUCUUCCCAAGGGAACGAGCUACGGUGAGUUGAUGAGGAAGAGCAAGUUCUGCUUGUGCCCGAGCGGGUACGAGGUGGCGAGCCCCAGGAUCGUGGAGUCAAUAUUCAUGGGAUGCGUCCCGGUGAUCAUCUCCGUGGACUAUCCGCUUCCCUUCUCCGAUGUGCUGGAUUGGAGCAAGUUCUCUGUUCAGAUACCGGUGGAGAAGAUACCCGAGAUCAAGACGACACUUCAAGGGAUCUCGGAGAGACAGUACCAGGUGUUGCGGCGGAGGGUGCUGCUGGUGCAAAGACAUUUUGUGCUGCAUCGGCCGGCCAAGAGAUACGAUCUGAUGCAUAUGGUGCUUCAUUCAAUAUGGCUGAGAAGACUAAACGUGAGGGUUUCUUAUUUACCUGAGAGGAAUAUUAGAUUUCUGGAGACAAAAAUGAUGUGA